UCUCGAACGUGCUUUCCAUCGACUCUCGAAAAACCUUCCGUGUUCGAUCUCGUUGACUCGAAACGUCAUUUGAAAGAAUAUCGUCUGCAGAAGUGCUCGCUCGUACGGCGUGUUCCCUGCUCAACUCGCUCUAAAAGUGCUCGUGAUUACUCGUGAAUAUUGUGAAUAAGUGUUUCUGGAAACUUUCCGAACUGUGAUUAAAAAUCGAUAACUAAAAGGAAUAUAAGGUAUACAAAAUGGUGAAAGAAACUACGUAUUACGAUAUUUUGGGCGUCAAACCCACCUGCACAAGUGAUGAACUCAAAAAAGCCUAUAGGAAGCUAGCUCUGAAAUACCACCCAGACAAAAACCCAAAUGAAGGCGAGAAGUUCAAACAAAUUUCACAAGCCUAUGAAGUUUUAUCAAACCCUGACAAAAGGCGGAUUUAUGACCAAGGUGGUGAACAAUCACUGAAGGAAGGUGGUGUCGGCGCCAGCGGUUUCUCCUCACCCAUGGACCUCUUUGACAUGUUCUUUGGUGGAGGCUUCAGCGGCGGCCGUCGUGGACGUGGUCGUGAACGGAAGGGCAAAGAUGUUAUUCAUCAGCUGUCUGUAACCCUUGAGGAGCUUUACCGUGGUGCUGUAAGGAAACUGGCACUCCAGAAGAAUGUUAUCUGUGACAAAUGUGAAGGCCGUGGUGGAAAGAAGGGUGCAGUACAGACUUGUCCCACUUGCCGUGGAACAGGUUUCCAGAUCCAGAUGCAGCAGCUGGCUCCUGGCAUGAUCCACCAGGUUCAAGGUGCCUGUAGUGAGUGCCGUGGACAGGGUGAAAUUAUCGACCCUAAGGAUCGCUGCAAAGUUUGCCAGGGCCGCAAGACGGUGCGUGACCGCAAGAUCUUGGAGGUGCAUGUUGACAAAGGCAUGACUGACGGACAGAAGAUUGUGUUCAGUGGAGAGGGCGACCAGGAACCAGAUCUAGAGCCCGGCGAUCUUGUAUUAGUUUUAGAUGAGAAAGAACAUGAAAUAUUCAAACGUUCUGGCAAUGAUCUCAUAAUUCGAUUGAACAUUGAACUCGUGGAGGCUCUCUGUGGCUUCCAAAAGGUGAUCAGAACCUUAGAUGAAAGGGAUAUUGUGAUCACUGUUCUCCCCGGCGAAGUUACUAAACACGGUGAAAUCAAGUGUGUGAUGAAUGAAGGUAUGCCAAUGUACAAGAAUCCAUUUGAAAAGGGCCAACUCAUAAUUCAGUUCUUAGUGAACUUCCCUGAACGCAUUCCGCCUGUAGUCAUUCCGGCUCUUGAAAACUGCCUGCCGCCGCGACCUAGGAUUGAAAUCCCUGAACUGGCUGAAGAGUGCCAGCUCAUGGACCUGGACCCGGAGCAGGACGCGCGGCGGCGCGGCGCCCACCACGGCAACGCCUACGAGGAGGACGACGAGCAUCCCGGCAUGAACAGGGUGCAGUGUGCCACCAGCUAGGCCUCGCGCGUCUGGACCUCACGCACUGAUGGAAAUAAUCAUAGCAAUAAUGGCGAAUAUGAGUAUUAUCUUCUUAGUUUUAAACUUCACUUAAGGCCGAUUUUACUGUAGCAUGUAAACGUUGGAUGAAACUGAUUUCAGUUAUCGUGCUUGACUACGAUCAAUGCUCGAAAUUGCAUUCCAUUAAAAAAAGGCAUAAUAAAAAGUCGAUAUCUGAACUUAGUUUUUGAAGCCUUUUCAUGUGAAAUCGGCCCUGUAUACUAGAAUCAGUAAAAUACUGCCAAUCGUACCAAUGCAACAAUACUUAAAGAAUACUAAUAAAUGCACAUGUACUUUCAAUCUAUGGCUUCUAGAAUUCUAGAUGCUUGCAAUCUAUGUAUUACAUGUCUAACUGACGAAUCUAUUGCUUCACAAUGCUGUUCAUAGAUAAGUUCUAUAUACUCUAAAUAUAAAAGGGUAACUUAAUAUUUAGUGGUUAAAGGGAAACAUUGUGAAAAUUUGAUAUUGAUGAGUUGAAACUCAAAUUAUCACAUAAAUGUAUUUGGUGUAAUUUAUGUAUAUGUAGUUGUACGAGUAUGGUACUUUGAGUUUAGGUUUUAAUAUAACUUCAAAAAUUACAAUCUAUAAAAUUGGCUAAAAUUACUGUUUGCUUGUCCUGUAAGAGUACUAACUAUUAUGCUAUUUUUAUUUCAUCAGCUGUGAAUUGCAAUGAUCUUUGUUCAUUAAAUUAUGUACGAGACACAC